AUGAUGCUUGGUGAAGAGUCCGAAUCUGCCGAUUACUGGAAAAAGUGCGGCGACGAGGCUCUGGCAAAUGGCAUCAAAGGGGUGGUCAUGAUGGGCGCCCACUGGGACUGUGCAGGCCCUUCUAAGGUUGAGGUUUCAACGAAUCCGAAGCCAGAAAAGUCACCAGUGGCUUACGUCCACCCUUCCAAGUACGUCAACUAUAAACUCGUUCCGGACCCGAAAGGCGCGCAGCGAUGCAUGGAAAUCUUAUCCGCAGACGGCUUCGACGUCAGCGGUAAUGACAAGUUCGAUUGGAUCCAUGACACGUAUCUCAUCCUCAUUCGGAUGUUUCCAGGGGGCUGCCCACCGACGACCAUCAUCUCUAUGAACUCUCGCUUCGAUCCGCACUUCCAUAUGAAAGUAGGAGCUUCUUUACGGCGCCUGCGUAGUGAGGGCUACCUUCUUAUCGGUACAGGCGGCGCUGUGCACAACCUCUACCGCAACCGCUGGGGGCCGAUGCUGAAGUACUGCGACAACUUCGCGCAGGAGUUGCCGCCGGAGGACUGGGCGAUGGAGUUCCGGCAAUCGGUUGAAGAUGUCAUCACGAAUAACAGUGGACCGAAUCUCAGGCGCGCCAUGACAAGACUGAUGAAGCAUCCUCAGUUCAGAGAUGCGCAUGCGACAGACGACCAUUUCAUGAGCGCGAUGUUCUUUGCUGGUGCAGCGGGCGGUGAGGAUGAUACUGGAACAUACGGAGCGCUAAAAGCCGAAACUUGGGAGCUUACCAACAUGUGCAAUUCGCAGUUUACAAGCGGAGUAUGGUCUAGUAACAAGGCAGUUGGUGCCUCCGCGUGA